AUGGACACCCCCACGUCCAUUUUCGGGCUAAACCUACCCCUAGCCUCCUCCCUUAACCUGCCAGCCGCCGGCGCCUCGUUUUCCGCGCCUGCCCGCUGCCCCGCCGCCACUUGGUGCGUCACCAUUGGGCGCGCCGCCGCCAGCCGCCGCUCCCCUCCACUCGCGUCGCGCCACGUCUCCGCCGCCAGCGCCCUCCUCCACCGCGCCACCCGGGGCCCAGAUCCGGCCCGCCCCGGGCCGCGCCGGGCCCGUCCUUCGGCGCCGCUCGCCCGCGCUGGAUCCCGUGAUGCGCCGCCUCCCGCCGCCCGCGCGCAGUGCUUCGGCCACCGCGCGCAACCACCGUCGCCUCGCCGUUCGGCGUCGUCCGUCACCGUCGUCGCCAUCGCCCCGAGCGCCGAGCCCCGCCGCGCCUUGGUCCCGUCCGGCCGGUCGCCGCCGCCAUGGCCCCACGCCUCCCUCCGAUGGCCGUGCGACCCCGCUGCAGGUGAGCUCCGCCCCGCUGCCUCGACGCCGGGCCCUGCCGCCCACCGCACCUCGUCGCCGGCAACCGCCGUCCCCGCGCCGGAUCCGGCGAGAUCCGGCCGGAGGAGGUCUCCCCAACCCCGGAUCCGCCUCCCCGGCGUCUUCCCCGUCUACUCCGGCGUCUACUCCAGCGAACCCCGGCCAUCCUCGAAAUCCGUGCAGAAACCCUAG